GAUCUCUCCUCUUCUCUUUCUCCUCACCCCUCUCCAAUCUCCCGACCUUACCUCAUCUCUGCCUUCCUUACCACUCUCCAUUCUUUAACCCUUCCGUUUCACCUCGUCAUCAUAAUGCAAAACACGGCCGCGUUCCACCCUCCUGUACUUAUCUACGAGGGUUGGAACAAGACCAGAUUUGGCUCCGAUGUGAUCUACUCGCACCCCAAUUUGAAGUUCUCCUCGCUUCCAGAGGGCUUUUUUGUCAAUAUGUCCGAGCGGGACAGGGCGCUUGAGCUCACUUGGCUACAUGGCCUCGCGAAUCUGGACAACACCAACAGCGAAAUCAUUAUUCCCGCCACUGCUUACGGUAAAUGGGGAAAAGACUUGCUUAAAAAUCUCGCCUCUCGCCUUGAAGCCCACCUCAAGAAGACCGUUACAUACAUUCAAGAUCCCACCAUUGAUGCUUGGCGCAUUGGCUCUGUGGAUUCCUUCCACAAGAGCAUGAUCAUGCUACCUGAUGACCCUUUUGCCGACGAGGAUGACCCUGAUGCCCUCAUGGAUACCCAAGUCGAGGACGGGAUCACCGCCGCGAUGAAACGAGGAGUUUCCGUUCCGCUUGCCUCCCCUCGUGUCCCCCGCCCCCCCAACUCGUUCAUUCUCUACCGCCAGCAUCAUCACCACAAGGUUACUGCUGAGAACCCCGGUGUCCGAAAUACUGAAAUUUGUGAGUCGCACCUGAGCCAUUCUACCAUGACAGUACUAACCCACGCAGCCCGUAUCAUUGCUCAAAUGUGGCACGGCGAGGGUGCUGCGGUUCGAGCCCGUUUCAAGGACCUUGCCGAGGAAAAGAAGCGGCUUCAUUCCCAGGCGCAUCCCAAUUAUCAGUACGCUCCACGACGUCCAGGCGAAAAAUUGCGCCGCCAGUCUCCCCGCAUUCGCGCCAGCUCUGUCCCAUUCUUCAACCAGACAGCUGCUGGUCAAGCUCGUCUCAAGAAUGCCGAAGAGAACGACGACGGUUGGAUUGAUGUCGAUGGUGACUGCAUUGACAUUUUCGAUGAGCUGGGUCUAAUGUACGGUCCAAGUGCCCUCCCUCCAAUCCCAAGCUAUGACAGCCCUGACUUUCACGCCAUUGUGGACAUGCAAUGUGGUGAACGGGUUGGUUUGCAGACUGUCCACUAUGAGAAUCUGGAUGGCACUGAAUUCGAACCGGGUUUCCCAAUGGAUACCUUGCUCGCUCUUCCAGGCGCUUAGAGAAGUCUAUUUGACUUGGAAAUCCAUGAGAUGAGGAAUUGACGACAUCAACAAAGCCCCGGUGUGUCCAACUUACCCCGCGGUUACAAAUUCUUACAGUCUUUCUUACUCCUAUGAUCACCUUCUAAUGUUGUUCGACUCCGAUGACUCUUUUCGAUACACCGCCGCCCGCGUCGUCUCUGCCUCCAUGGAUUUCGCACCAUCUGUGUUUUUGGCGGGCUGUUUUCCUUUGUGUUUUCUUUCUUUUCCCGUCCGGCGUUACAUCUGUCGGGGGAACGGAGCAAACCCUUUCGAUUAAUACUUCAGAUGGGUUUCAUGAAAGAUGUUGUGUCUGGAAAGUGGGAAGCCGUUCUUCGGAAUGAGUACCUGCCAGACAUUGGAAAUCAUUCUUGAUUCCCUUAGAAAAUCCAAAG